UACAAAGGCGCAAGAAGUUGGCGGGAUAGGUCGACGAAAAAGGUUCGUCAGUGACUGUUAAAAUAUCUACUCGUGAGAUAAAGUUGGGGGUUUUCGUUUAUGUUAGUGAUUGGUGUCAGCCGAAGUCAUGUCAGCCAUGACAACGGUUGCCGAGGUAACGUGUACACGCAGUGCCAGCCAGAAACAGCCAGUACCAGAAAAGGAGAGAGAAGUCAUUGCAACAGAUCACACAGUCUCAGGCAAACAAGAGCCUAUUGACUGGAGAAAGAGAGUGAAAGCUGAAUAUAUGCGCUUAUGUCACAUGAAGCGAUUAAAGAGGGCUGAUGAAGUGAAGACAUCGUUUUCUGCAAACAGAAAGCAUAUUUCUGAUGAAAUUGAAAAACAGAAUAUAUGGAUGAAACAACAGCCCUUUCAGCCAUUACUUGCACCAGAGACCUUCAGCCAUGUUCCCGUUACCAGGAGGUGCGAAGUAAUCAGUGGUGUCAACUUUCCUCCCCAAACAUGUUCACUGCGGAUGAUGAAAGACCUAAAGCCAAUUCCUUGCAUGUACUGUUGGGCUCCUCUUCAACAAAAUUUUAUGGUGGAAGAUGAAACUGUGUUGCACAAUAUACCCUACAUGGGAGAUGACAUUCUAGAACAAGAUGGAUCCUUUAUUGAGGAACUUCUGAGAAACUAUGAUGGAAAGGUGCAUGGAGACCGGGACAGUAACUUCAUCAGUGAUGCUCUGUUUGUGGAACUGGUGAAGGCCCUUGCUGUAGCCUACCCUGAUGUUGAUGAAUUGGAUCCUAGUUCCAGCCUAUACCACCCAGAUGAGACACCAAAGGACUCCCCACUCACCGCUGGCUCAGCAUCCACCACUGACAACACACACCCACCAGAUAUCAUAUUUGAAGCUAUUUCAAUCACCUUUCCGGAGAAGGGAUCCAAGAAUGACCUGAAAGAUAAGUAUAAGGAGCUGUGUGAAGCAAGUGACCCCAACAGUCUACCCCCAGAGUGUACACCUAACAUUGAUGGCGUGAAUGCUGAGUCAGUGCCAAGGGAACAGACCAUGCAUUCAUUUCACACACUGUUCUGUCGCAGGUGUUUCAAAUACGAUUGCUUCCUUCAUCCAUAUCACCCAACUCCAAGUAUGUUGAGUAGAAAGACUGCAGAUCGAAAACAUGGAAGUGAGCCCUGUGGAGGUGACUGCUUUAUGCACAUUGAUGGAGUGAUACCUCCAAAAGACAAAGAUAAUGCUGCCUCAGACUCUGAAAAAUCUGACAAAUCUGAUAGAAGUGAACUUUAUGAAACGGGGAGAAAAUCAUCACCUCCACAAUUUAUUGGCCGCAAGCGGAAGAUGAAUGGAGGAAUCAGCAGUGGUGAAGACAGUGAGAAGAGUAAUGAUGCAACAGAUAUUGAGAUCAAGUUUCCAUUUCGAGAAGAUGCGAUUACCCCCAACUGGAAUGGAGCUGAAGAAUCCCUGUUCAGAGUUCUUAAUGACAUGUACAGAAAUAACUAUUGUGCCAUCUCAAAGCUGAUAGGAACAAAAUCAUGUAAACAGGUAUAUGAGUUUGCUAUCAAAGAAGAAGCUCACAUUCCUGACCUUAAUGAAGAAAGAAUACAAACACCACCCAGAAAAAAGAAGAAGAAACAGAAAUUGUGGUCAAUGCAUUGUCGGAAGAUCCAGCUGAAAAAGGAUGGAUCACCAAACCCGGUUUACAACUACCAGCCCUGUGAUCACCCAGGCCAGCGGUGUGACGAAACAUGUCCAUGUAUCAUGGCACAGAAUUUUUGUGAGAAAUUCUGUCAGUGCAGCAAUGAUUGUCAAAAUCGGUUUCCUGGAUGUCGCUGCAAGGCACAGUGUAAUACAAAACAAUGUCCAUGCUUCCUGGCAGUGAGGGAGUGUGAUCCUGAUCUCUGUCAGACAUGUGGAGCAGAUCAGUUUGACAGCAAUAAGAUCUCCUGUAAGAACGUCAGUGUACAAAGGGGGCAAGGAAAGCACUUACUGCUGGCUCCAUCAGAUGUUGCUGGAUGGGGAAUUUUUCUGAAGGUACCAGCAGAGAAGAAUGAAUUUAUAUCAGAAUACUGUGGAGAGAUAAUAUCACAAGAUGAAGCUGACAGAAGAGGAAAAGUGUAUGACAAAUACAUGUGUAGCUUUCUCUUCAAUCUCAACAAUGAUUUCGUGGUGGAUGCUACAAGAAAGGGAAACAAGAUCCGAUUUGCCAACCAUUCCAUCAAUCCAAAUUGCUAUGCCAAGGUGAUGAUGGUUAAUGGUGACCAUCGUAUUGGCAUAUUUGCCAAGCGUCCAAUACAGGCUGGUGAAGAACUCUUCUUUGAUUACAGAUAUGGACCAACAGAACAGCUGAAAUUCGUUGGAAUUGAAAGGGACACAGAAAUCGUUUGACUUUUCUGUAGGUUGUAGUGAGUGGUGACAAAUGAAAUUGGAAACAUUGAUUUGCAUUAAUUUUUGGACUCAUGUACCAAUGAAAUAUUUACCAUAGUAAUUGUCCUAUCCCUUACUGUUGUUAGCAGACGAAUGAAAUAGAAAUGUUAUAAAACUGUGUCUAAACAGCAACAGGGCAUUUUAAUAAAAUUAGGAUUAAUAUUAAAUGUUUCUACAGCUCCAAGGAAUUCUCUCACUACAAAAGUUCAAAGGUAUAGGUUAGUAGAAAUGCUCAUAACUCUUUCAAAAACACUCAUGCUUUUAACACUGAAUUAUACAUGUAUUUUGUCUGCUUUGUUAAGGUCAUGGCAACUAACUGAAAUAGGGUUUUGUGAGUUUGCCAGAGAUCAGUAGCCAUCUGUCAAAGGCUGAAGUAACUAAAAGUAUUUAUAUUAUUGUCAAAUACUGUGGGGUACUUUUGUGCAAAGGUUAUAGAAAGCUCCAAGUAAAAGUCUUUAAGAAUUUACAGUGUAAUUAAGGAGAGUGAUAAUGAUGUCAUAGGCAAUGAAAUUUAACAUGUGAUUAUUGGAAAAUGAUAUGGAAUGGUGCUUUUCAUAUAUUAUGGAACCUAAACUUGACUCCAAACAGAAAACAUUUCGAAGUUUUAGGAGAGCUUGUUAAGCAAAGUUUCACCAACACCUUGUGGUACAGGAGCAGUAAAUACUAGUUAAUGGACUAUAGAAUGCUCCCCAAGAUAUUUGUCGCAGAUUAUUAUUUUAAUGACAUGAACUUCCAUUUUCAACUGUCACGAAGAAAUAUUUAAUCAUGUCAGUAACAUUUCAGUUUACGUAUGGCCAUGGCCUUGUAAUGUUUACAAUAAAACUAUGUUCAGUGA